UGAGCACCACCAGUUGAGGCAAUUUCCUCAAAAAAGCACACCAGUUCUUCUGAUCCAAAUACAUUUAGUCAGAUUUCCUUUCCAAAAUGAUAAAAAUGAUAGGAUUCAUUAUCUUGAGUCUUUUAGCCUCCUCAAUCCCCACACAAGCUCAACUUCAACUGGGUUUUUACUCCAAAAGCUGCCCCAAAGCUGAGAAGAUUGUGCAGGAUUUUGUCAACAAACACAUCCACAAUGCCCCCUCCCUAGCAGCAACCCUCAUAAGAAUGCACUUCCAUGACUGCUUCGUUCGGGGCUGUGAUGCAUCCAUACUCCUGAACUCAACUUCAGGUGGGCAAGCGGUAGAAAGGCAGUCCGUUCCAAAUUUAUCAGUUAGAGGGUACGACUUCAUUGACAGAGUAAAGAGUUUACUGGAAGCAGAAUGCCCUGGUAUUGUCUCCUGCGCAGAUACCAUUGCUUUGGUUGCAAGAGAUGCCAUUGUUGCCACAGGAGGUCCAUUCUGGAGAGUUCCAACCGGACGCAGAGAUGGCUUGAUCUCCCUACAGUCCGAGGCUAAUACCCAGAUCCCCGCUCCAUUAGACAAUUUCACCACUCUUGUAACUCGUUUUGAUAGCAAAGGACUAGAUAUAAAAGACUUGGUUUUACUAUCUGGUGCUCAUACGAUCGGCAUAGCCCAUUGCUCUGGGCCAAAACCGUUCAACUUAUCAAGGUAAGGGGUUAUUGUUAGGCUUUUGCCAGUAAACUGAGCCUGGCUUGAGGCCUGAGCACCCUGGUCCUCAAACGAACACAUUUUUGGGCAAGCUCAUAUUAGAAAUGGGCCAACACAACGUGUGUUUGGGGUUUGCUUUAUGGGAAUGAGUUAAGAGGCUAUGGGACCCUUUGUGUCUUUUCUGUGUAAUUAAAUCAGUCCAUUACC